AUGGAGAGUCCCACUCGACUUUACGCUGCCUUAGUGCCGCCUGCUGGCGCCGGACUGUCCGGUAACGGUACCGAACCGGGGCCGGACGCGGCUCCCGGUCCCCGGGUGAGGGAGCUGCGGGUCACGGGCACGGCGGAGGUCCGCUGCCCGGCGGACCGAGCGUCGGUGCGGGUCCGUGUGAGCAGCAGUAAGGAGUCCGUCAGCGAGGCGACCGGGAGCGUCUCCCGGCGGCUCGAAUACAUUCUCCAGGCUCUCCGACAGCACAACGUCGCAGAGGGAGACACAUCAGUGAGGAGGUUUCUCCACCGAGACGCAGACCUGUACAGCAUGGAUGUGGAGGUGGUGGUCACAUUCUGUGAUUUCGAUAAGAUGGAGCGUGUGUGUAGCAUUCUGCUGGAGAAGCUGGACAGAAGCGUCAGCGUGGGGACGCCACAGUUCUACCACAGCCCCGAAUGCCUGAGCGAGAUGAGGCAGCGUUCGUGCACGUCAGCGGUUGAUAACGCUCAGCAGAAGGCCAGCAGGGUGUGUCAGGUCCUGGGGCAGAGCCUGGGAUCUCCUCUGCUGGUGAUAGAGCAGGCAACCAAGGAGUGGCGGAGCGAGGAGGCGGAGGAGGACGGAGGCCCAGGACCGGCUCCCGCACGCCUUCCUCACCUCCCCACCAUCACCGCCUCCUCGCAGGUGUCCGUCACCUUCAGCCUUCGAGGCCGGAGCAGGAAAAAGCUGUGAAGCCAUCCCGGACCCUGAGACAUUUUUGUUUUAAUGCGUAGCUCCAAUACUUGAAAGAAAGUGCUCUGCAGAGUCCUUUCAGAUCAGCAAAAAGAACUCUAAUGACGUAAUUUAAAGCAUCUCCACUUAUGUAAGUAAACACAAAAACUGAAGUUGCUUUUUUUAAUUUUUUUCACACAUUAAAAUAAAAUAAAAUACUGUAUUUUCAAACUUUUUUUUUUUCAAAAAUAAAAGACAACAGAUGAUC